CAAAGUCUAUUAUAAACAGAGCAGUUUAACCCCCUAUGUUUCCAUUUAUGGGGUUUUUUUUCAGUUCAAGAUGCGUUGAUCCAGGAAGUUUUUCUUUUUUUAAACAGAACAAGUUCAGUUUUAUCCAAGAGGAGAUACACAAGCAUGGAGUCCAUAAUCAUACAAAUGUUAGUGAUUUUAGCGACGGUCGUAUCCAUUAACACACAAUGUUUAGAAGGGGGUUAUUGCACUUGCCACUGUUUGAUAGGAUGUAGAGUAUGUGCUACCUGUGAUACAGGAUGGAGCGGUUCAAAGAAGAAUUAUUGCCAAAGACAGAACGUAGCAUACAAUGCAACAGCGAUUUUGUCCUCAAAUUUUGAGAACAACGUUGCAAUGAAUGCUGUAGACGAGGACACUGAUACAUACGCUCUGACAAGAACAGAAAAGAAUCCUCAGCUGAUAAUAACCCUGUCCAAUUUAUUUACUAUCAAAAGAAUGUAUUCUGUUAUUCAAGAAGAUAGGUUUACCAUGUUUUCUGCAUACGUCACAAACUCAACUCAAAGGACAUUAACUGACGUCAACAUGUGUGACAGGUUCUCUGCAACAAGUUAUAAAAACUAUCGAAAUAUUACAUGCACUGACACAUUAACUGGUGAUCAAAUUGUCAUCACGGCAAAUUCUACAUUGGGGCGUCUUGUGGUGUACGAAAUACAGGUUUAUGUAUGUAGCCAAGGAACCUACGGAGAUCAAUGUGACAGUGAAUGCCGAAAUUGUGUAGACAAUAGAUGUGAUGGAUAUACAGGGGCCUGUGAAAGUGGCUGCAUCAUUGGCUGGCAAGGAGCGACAUGUGAAACAAAAUGCAAUACAAAUUGUCUGCAAAAUAAAUGCGACCAAAAUACGGGAUUUUGCACAGUUGGCUGCAGCGCAGGUUGGUUUGGAAACACUUGUAAUAGACAGUGCCCUAUGCAAUGUGUAUUGUCUUGUGAUAGAUCCUUAGGAUGUACAAAUUGCCAGACAGGCUAUAACGGAUCUAACUGUGAUCCAUGUGACGGGAAUACUUACGGCAAAAACUGUAGCUUGACUUGUAAAAAUUGUAAUGAUUGUAAUUCUAUUGACGGAUGCAGAGAAUGUAUGAACGGUUAUUAUGGGGAUCUUUGUGAUCUGUCAUGUCCAAUUGAAAAUUGUGAAAAAUGCAACUUAUUACUGUCAGGCUUUUCUUGUGAAAUUUGUAAAAUUGGUUACUAUCAAGACAAUGCACAGGAAUUUCAAAAGUGUGUAAAGUGUCCAUCUAGAUGUGUUAGUUGUGUUAGCGAUUUGAGAUGCACCCAGUGCUUACCAAAAUUAUCUGGAAACCAGUGUGAAAAUGAAUGCAACAUGAACUGUGUCGAUGGUUUAUGUGAAUUUGAUGGAACUUGUACAUAUGGAUGCAAUAAUUCAAGGUAUGGUGUUGGGUGUACGGUAAACUGUAGGGAGAACUGUGUGCAUUGUUUUACCGGCAAUGACUGUACCAAAUGUUUACCGGGGUAUUGGGGGAAAUAUUGUACAGGAAUAUGUUAUAAAAACUGUUUGAACUGUACGUCCAUGUUUGAGUGUGAAAUCUGUAAACCUGGGUUUUAUGGAAGCUGGUGUAAUGAUGAUUGUCUUCCACGAUGUCUGACCUGUGACUCAGGAGAUUCCUGUUCUUCCUGUAGGGACGGCUGGUCCGGACGUUUAUGCCAAUGUAGCAAAAACUGCAAAAAUGAAGAUUGCGAUAGCGAUGGAAUCUGCCAAAGCGGAUGUAACGGUUUAUAUUAUGGGGAACGUUGUGAUAUUUCCUGUCCUUUGAAGAAUUGUCAAAGAUGUGAUCAAAUGUCUGGCAACUGUACACAAUGCGCUAAAGGACUGUAUGGGAUGAACUGUAGUGUGCAAUGCAGCGGGCUGUGUUUGGAAAGGACUUGUGAUAUGACUGGUGCAUGUUUGCAAGGCUGCGAGGAUGGAUUUGCUGGAAAAUUUUGUACCGAAUGUAAGUAUUAGGUAGAUCAAACCCUUUAUAAUCUUUAUUUUUUUUAAAAUUUUAUUUACCAUAUUUUAAGCUCAUUCAAGUCAGAUAUCCUUACCACUAUAAUUGGGUCGCAAAUUGUUUACUUAUAUAUUACAAGUGAAAUAAACAAUUCUUAACACACACAUACAUGUAUUUGUUAAACAUUAGCAUUGACAUAACUGAUUUAACAAAUACACCGAUAAUAUCCAUCUCUUUAGAAUCACUGUAAACAAAAGUAUUUUAAUUAAACCAAUUAUGCUAGUUUUUUCUUUAAAUUAUCAUGCUAAUAUGUCGCGAAAAUUUCAUGAAUCGGAUUUCAUCACGGCUAUUUGUACGGAUCAAAUAUUCAUUUGACGGUGACAGAACCAGUUAAAGAACUACACCUACUAAGUACCAGAUGUGAGUAUUAUUAUACGACUGAAGUGCCCGGUUGGUUUGAUAUGAUUUCAUAUUUUGUUCUAUGUAAAAUGUUAAAUGAAUUUUAACUGCCAUUUAAAAAGAAUUGAAUUAACAUCGAUCAAAUUAAGAACUGUUUUCGAUUAGAAUAUACUUACUGUAGAUAUCCUUUUAUUUAAAUGAUAUUUUUCUUUUAAGUUUUGUGUAAAAUGCAGGAUUGAUAUGUGGCCGUUUUCGCCCAAAUGGAUCACAACAAGUAAGUUGAACAACACUAUUAGAGCGUACA